AUGAGUGUGCCCGCGCGCGGAUAUUUAGUGUUUUUUUUUGGGACUUGUGUGUUUCGAAACUGACAUGUAUCUUCUGACGACGAGGACGAUGUCAUCGAUUUAGACUCCUCUGUGUUCGCACUCUGUGUGAUUAAUGUUGCUUGAUUUUUCUGGAAUUCCUCGAGACUUUAGCUCUUAUUUCAAAUGUAACUUUUUCUUAGUUCAUGUUGUCUUGUUUUAGUUUGAAAGGUGAUUGUCUUAUAAUUUCGCCCCUAUUGUAGGCCAAAGAGAAAGAACUGAAGAAACUCAAGGCUGCACAGAAAGCGGAGGUAGCUAAAGUCCAGGUAACUACGACGAAACUGUCGGCUGGCGCUUAUGUACUUGCUUAGUGAACUAAGACCUUAUCUGUAGUUUUAUAGUUCAUCUGCAUGUGCAGACGAACUUUUGAGCUUCCUUUUCUGUUAAUUUUUCUGUUUAGCUUUUCAUUUGAUGUACCUUCUAAUUGCCAUAACAGGCACAGAAAACAAAUGUGCCUAAGAAAAAUGAGCGGAAGAGUACAAAGAGGGGUGCGGAAGAUGAUAAUCCUGACGAUUACAUCGACCCAGAGACACCUGCUGGGGAGAAAAAGAAACUUUCGCGUCAAAUGGCAAAGCAGUAUAGCCCCAGUGCGGUUGAGAAGGGGUUCGCAUCUCAUUAUCGUGCCGUAUUUUACAUGCCAAAUCGAUUUCAUAUUUUAUUUUUCCUUAUAAUUUCAUUCAUGUGGUCUGUUAGGUGGUAUGCUUGGUGGGAAAAAUCGGACUUUUUCUUAGCAGAUGCUAGCAGCUCAAAGCCUCCUUUUGUUAUCGUAAGUGUACUCUGUGUUGCCAUCUAUUUAUAUUACAUUUCUGAGAGAGAAAUGGUAAAGAACAAUCCUUGUGCGGUUAAAUCAUUUCGUCUAUAGUAUGCUUCUAUCGUCCGUCUAAAACUACAUCUUAACGGGCACAGUUUUGUAGGUUCUACCUCCGCCAAAUGUGACGGGUGCCCUACACAUAGGCCAUGCUUUAACAGCUGCUUUACAGGUAGGCGUGAAUAUUCCUCUACGUCCAAUAUGCAAUGGAACCAGUCAGGGUUACACUGUCAAGCCAUGAUUAUAUGACUAUUACUCCUGCAGGAUGCUAUGAUUCGGUAUUAUCGAAUGUCAGGCUAUAAUGCAUUGUGGGUGCCUGGCAUGGACCAUGCUGGCAUAGCAACCCAGGUUCUUUCUUUUUCCUAUCAUCUUAUAGAAUAUGCUUAUAUUUUUUGAGGGAGGAUUUGUCUAAUUAUGCAUUGAUUUAAAUGUGUGGCUUAAUGGAAUAAGUCCUAAUUUAAAAUCCGUCGGGUGAGGACAAAUGUACUGAUAUGAUGUAAUAUGCUAAAGUGUAGUUGUGCAAGAAAUUUGAAUACUCUGUAACUUAUAUUUAUGUUGUUUUUGAUACUGUCACUUCUUAACAGUCUCCAGUUUUCUAUGUUGCAUAUUCUUUCAUGAAGUAUGAAGAAGUUAUGUUGUUUUAUAGAAUAUGUUGUUUUUGAUACUUUCACUUCGUCAAAGUAUGAAGUUAUUUAAUUCGAACAAGGUGGAUUGUUCAAAUUGUGGAACUUCCUGGGUGAUAACCAUCAGUAAAAGACCAAGGCGUUGUUAAGUAAUGAUGAUUGAGAAGAUAAGUUUAACCGACAUAAAUCAUAGCUUUGAAUGACCACUGUUCAUUGGGGGGGGGGGGGAGGGGGGGUGUAGUUCUUUGAUUCACUAUAGCUGUCUUUCUCUUUCAGUCAUCUGAUUCUGGCAUUCUUGAUACUGAACAAAUCAUGAUGAUCAGUGCAUUUUCACGAAGCCUGUCAAAGGGCUUACUGGUCCACUUAACAUGCUUUGCUGAUGUCUUUUCACGAGUACCGUCAUCUUCUUGGCCAAAAUUUCUUAUUGCAUUGUGUCGUUUUUAAAUUUUUUCUAGGUUGUUGUGGAGAAGAAGCUAAUGCGGGAAAGAUCUUUGACAAGACAUGAUGUUGGACGUGAGCAAUUUGUAGCAGAAGUAAGUUAACUUUAAUUUCUUCGUUUCCUAUGUAAGUAUUUUUCUUUCUAAGCUAUUUUCUCAUUAGAAUGUCGUGUGGCCAUUGCUAGUUCGUUUAGGGUAGUGUUGCUGUUUCGAUUUUUCUUCUGUAAGCACUAACACUCUAAUUGAUGGACAGGUCUGGAAAUGGAAGGAGCAGUAUGGAGGUACAAUAUUGAAUCAGGAACGACGUCUUGGUGCUUCUCUUGACUGGUCUCGUGAGGUCAGGAUCAGAAAGUAAUUAUUCUGUUGGAAAGCGGAAAUUUCCAUUCAACGAGUUUUCAAUAUUUUUAACUAGGUUUUUUUAUCUUUCUUUUUUUUCUUAUCAGUGCUUCACUAUGGAUGAGAAUAGAUCAAAGGCAGUGACAGAGGCUUUUGUUAGAUUGUACAGAGAGGGUCUCAUAUACAGGUCUGUCUUCUCGGGACUUUUUUCUUGUUUAUUGUUUUAAUUAUUAUUAUACAGGUUUGAUUGGUGAUUGGAAUGCAAUUGAAUCGGAUUUUUGUAUGGUUAUGCCGAAACUUUGUUAAACUAUAGAGAAGUCUUAUAAAUGGUCUGUCUGUUCAUGGAAUCUUCUGUCUUUAAUUUGGAAAUUAUUCGCAAUAGAAAUAGUAGGUAAUUGUUGGACAAUCGAAUUGGAUUUUUCCACUGUUAAUUUUGAUUCUGUGUGCUGGCAUUUGGAUUCCAACGUAUCUACCUGUUCUUUCAUUCUAAACCCUCUAUUACACAUGAUUUUUAUUUGUGAGGUGGCAUGAUGUUAGAUAGUCGAAUGAUUUUAAGUCUGUAGAAGAGAAGUCAACAACAGAAAUAUAGUCAAGAUAGAUUCCAAACAAUGGCGGUGCAUGUUUUUUCUAAUAUCUACAUGUUUUUUCUCAUAAAGCAUUCUAGCCAUUCCUGGCAGCCAAUGGUUUAUCCAGUGGUUCAAUAAGGUCGUUAAAUAACGAAUGACAUGUUUUUUAUUCAUGCUUUAGUGAAUCAUCGUACCCAUAAACAUAGUUUAUAUCUUAUCAUCGUCAAGUUUGUAUAUAAUCUAGGAAGAAAUUCAAGUUUUUGACUAGCUAGUUGCCUGGUGUAAACUGUAUAAUGUUGGUACCUGUUCCCUAACAAGACCUACUUUAGACAUGAGAGGGUUUAUAAGAUGUCUCAUGAUGCCAAUGUACGUGCGGAAACAAAAGGUGUCGCUGACAUUAAGCUCGUGCUACCAUGAACUAACUUGGAGAUAUUCAUUAAGGGUGGAUGGAGUAACAUAAGUAAAAUUGGUAUAGGAAUACUCUGGUGUAACAUAAGUAAAAUUGGUACAGGGAUACUCAACAUUCUCUGGUGAAACUAUCACCCGAAGCGCAGUUCAAGUAUGACCAGUGUUUACUUCACUACUGACGACUGGAAGAAAUAGGGGCAACGAAUUUCAAUCGUCACUAUGGAGAAGCCUUCGAACCUAUCCGCUUAUUUCUUCUAGAAUUGUAUAACCUAUCUAUAAUGGUUUCAACGGAUUUUCCAAAUUCCUUUCCAAGUUGACAGACUUUAAAAAAAUCAACGGUUGAAGCGUAUGAUGAUAUACUUUGAUCUUAAUGGAGAGCCUUUUUUAUUUGUAAUCUCGUCUUCUAAAAUAGUUUGAUCUUUGAUGUGUCUAACUAUGUAUCUUUAAACAUUCUGAUUGAUGUGGUGGGUUUGAAAAUGUUAGGGAGAAGGAUGUACAGUAUCUGGAAGCACCUUUUUCUAAAUAUUAUGGGCGGCCUAUUUGGUUAAUUUUUUGGUGCCUAAUUUCCGAGCGUUUUUUUUUUGUAACUUAAUUUAUUGCCUGUUUCCAGGGAUCAUCGGCUUGUAAAUUGGGAUUGCACAUUGCGGACUGCAAUUUCUGAUAUUGAGGUGCUCUUAUUCUCUUUGUCCAGGGAAUUGUUUCUUGGGUUGUUAAUGAGUGUGCCCUGAAUAAGACACUGAACAAUUUUGUCUAUCUCAAUUAGGUUGAUCACAAGGAGAUCAAGGAGAGGACUCUGCUGAAGGUUCCUGGGUAUGCAAACCCAGUUGAAUUUGGUGUUCUGACAUCAUUUGCGUAUCCUCUUGAGGAGGAGUUGGGUGAGAUUGUUGUUGCGACAACUAGAAUAGAAACAAUGCUCGGUGAUACAGCAAUAGCUGUUCAUCCCGAGGAUCCAAGGUACACUCAUCUGCAUGGAAAGUUUGCAGUACAUCCAUUUAAUGGCAGGAGACUCCCCAUAGUUCUGGAUGCAAUCCUUGUCGAUCCCAAUUUUGGAACUGGUGCUGUUAAGGUAUUGAGAUAUGAAAUUUAGGACGAAGCAGAAGCUAAAAUUCUAUUUUAAGUUGUUAUAAAUUCGUCUGAAUUUCAAUUUGUCGUUUCUUACUUCCAGAUUACGCCAGCUCAUGACCCCAACGAUUUUGAUGUUGGAACGCGCCAUAACCUUAAAUUUAUUAACAUAUUCACUGACGAUGGGAAGAUAAAUAGCAAUGGUGGGAAGGAAUUUGAAGGGAUGCCACGUUUUGAAGCUCGUAAAGCCAUAACUGAGGCCUUGAAGCUCAAGGUAGAUGAAAUGUAGCAUGCGUUUACUAUUUCCAUUCGCCAACUGUUCCCGACAGUUGAUAAAGAAGCUCUUCGUCCAUAAAAGGGAAACUUAUGAAAGAAAUUUGUUGUUUAUUAUCCCUUUUUGUAUAUUUAUGCUGUAAAUCGUAUCGAGAUUGCAAGGCCACCUAGACAUUCUGCCAUACCCAAGACAAGACUUAAGUUUUAGUAUUCUGCUAAUGUCUGGUGUUUAUAUUUGUAUUUGCUUUUGUCAUAUCCUGUAUUCCCUGUCUUUUGCACUUCAAUCACUCUGUCUUUUUGAUUUAUGGAUUACUUAUUUCUAUGCUUUCGAACCAUAGGGGCUUUACAGGGGUGAUCAGAAGAACGAUAUGAAUCUAGGCAUCUGUUCAAGAAGUGAUGAUGUCGUGGAGCCAAUGGUGAAGCCACAAUGGUUUGUCAAGUGUGACACUCUGGCAAAGGAAGCUCUUGAUGCGGUCAUGAAUGAAAACAAUAAGAAGAUCGAAAUCAUCCCAAAGCAAUAUGCUCUUGAAUGGAAAAGGUUCGCAUAGUUUUCCUCUAGCUUGCUUUGCGGUGCUUUGAUGCCCGCAGGACAUGGUUUUCAGGGGAAAAUUUAAAGAUCUGUAAUUAGUUAUCUGUAAAUUUUUCAGGUGGCUUGAAAACAUUCGUGACUGGUGCAUUUCAAGACAGCUUUGGUGGGGUCACCGAAUUCCUGCUUGGUAUGUGACACUGGAUGAUGAUAAGUUUAAAGAGGUAGGGUCUUAUGAUGACCACUGGGUGGUUGGAAGAGAUGAAGAUGAAGCUCUUCUCGAGGCAAACAAGUUGUUCUCAGGAAAGAACUUCAAGAUUAUUCAGGAUCCAGAUGUGUUAGACACCUGGUUUUCAUCAGGUCUUUUCCCAUUGUCUGUGCUUGGUUGGCCAGAUAACACAGAAGAUUUCAGUACAUUUUAUCCCACCUCUGUUCUUGAGACCGGGCAUGAUAUUCUCUUCUUUUGGGUUGCUCGGAUGGUGAUGCUGGGAAUGAAACUUGGAGGAGAUGUGCCUUUUAAAAAGGUAAUUCUGUUCUCUUUGAGACUUUUUGAUGAAGAAUGCUCAUUGAAUUCAGUUGUUUUUUUCCCUGGAAACCAAUCAGACUUGGUGUCUAUAUUUAGGGAUGAAAUAUUUUCUUUGUCAUCAGCCUUGUCUUUCCUUGCUUUAUUAAGGAUUGUUACAAGAGAAAAUUAUGUCUCCAAGCUCACUUUUCCGCAGGUUGUGCUCAUAUCUAGGACGCUGACAGUGAUUUAUCUUUUAUGCAAAAUGGUUUCCAUUUUUGAUGGUUCUAAGGACAGAUCUUAAUCUUGUUGUGCUGUAUAAAAAAAUAGAAAUAUUUUGCAGCCAGCUUAAGACUUUUUUUUCAGUGCUUAGAAUGCCUGAAAAAGAUGAUAACAUCUCAAAUGUCUUCAGGUGUACUUGCAUCCUAUGAUCCGGGAUGCACAUGGCCGCAAAAUGUCCAAGUCCCUGGGCAAUGUUAUCGAUCCACUUGAAGUAAUAAAUGGGAUAUCCUUGGAAGGCCUACAUAAGAGGCUUGAAGAAGGGAACCUGGAUCCGAGAGAGUUAACUGUUGCAAAACAAGGACAGGUGAAGGACUUUCCGUCUGGGAUUCCGGAAUGUGGUGCGGACGCGCUCCGGUUUGCCCUCAUCUCAGAUACUAUGCAGGUUUCUUCUGCUCCAUUAGCUGAGAUAGUUGAUUCUAUCUUCUUUCUUUAAAGAUAUUUCUUUACACUGAAGUUCCUUAUCUUGCUUUCCUUCAGUCUGAUAAGAUCAACCUUGAUAUCCAAAGGGUUGUGGGAUACCGACAGUGGUGCAAUAAACUAUGGAAUGCCAUACGUUUCGCUAUGAUUAAACUGGGAGAUGAUUAUGUUCCUCCUGAGCAAAUCGCUCUUGAUUCCAUGCCCUUCGCUUGCAAGUGGAUCCUGUCUGUUUUGAACAAGGCCAUAUCAAAGACCGUAUCCUCCUUUGAGGCGUCUGAUUUCUCGGGUGCCGCAAGUGCGGUGUAUUCAUGGUGGCAGUCUGAACUUUGUGAUGUAUUUAUUGAAGUCAUUAAGCCAUACUUCAAUUCAGAGAAUGAUUUUGAGUCUUCGAGGGCAUCUUCAAGGGAUACUCUCUGGGUUUGUUUGGAUAAUGGGUUACGGCUCCUCCAUCCAUUUAUGCCAUUUGUUACUGAAGAACUGUGGCAGCGUCUUCCUCAAAAGGCCACAAACUCAUCUGCGCGGAAACAAUCAAUAAUGAUAUCGGAGUACCCAUCUGCUGUGGAGGUGAAUCAAACAAGCGAAUUUAAUCUUCAAUGCUCAUCUACUUGCGAAUGCGAAUUUAAUAUCCUGAUGUUGAUUUUUUUGUGUUUACUUGACAAUCAUCCACAGGCGUGGACGAAUACAGAUGUUGAAAACAACAUGAAGGUUGUGGAAUCGGCAGUCAGAUCUCUGCGAUCCCUCCGCUCUCUGAGUGAUAAGAACGAGAGGUAUAGAAAUUUGCCAAGUGGGGUCUUAUCUAUGCCUUGAUGGUGAUAUAAUUUUAUUUCUUUUUGUUCAUGUUUUAAAAUUUACAGGCGACCUGCAUUUGCACUCUGUGCGAACGACGAGGUUGCAAAUAUCAUUGGAACCUAUGAACUUGAGAUCUCUACUCUUGCCAACUUAUCGUCACUGAAGGUACUUGCAGGCCCUCCUCUGAAUAGAACCCGGAUCGAAUUUCUUCUACUUAGAAAAGGGAAUGUUGGUGGUAUUUUUUUCGCCUUGAUGAUUGGUUGCCAUAUAAGAGUCAUUAUUUUUUUUUCAAUUCACGUCUCCUACCUUGAGGUGAGGAAUUGGGCGUCUGAUUGUCCGUCCGUCCGUCCGUCCGUCAGUCCGCGUUCCUUUUUUUUUUUUUUUUUUUGUGUUGACUACCGUGAAUGAUGCAAUGACGUGAUCUGAAGGGUUGUGGUAGUUUAUCUUAUAUCUCCCACAUCGAGAUUUUUGUUGUUGAUAAUAUUACUUAAAUUGUUCCUUGUUCAUCUCUUGGGGGGGGGGCCUGUUGUGAUGAUCCUGGUGCGGUAAAAUCUCCUUGCACAGGUCUUAAGAAAGUCCGACGCGCCGCCCCCAUCAGGGUGCGUGGUAGACAUUGUAGACGAGGAGCUGUCGGUGUACCUCCAGCUUCAGGUGACGAUUGAUGUGGAGGCUGAGCGCGAGAAGCUGAGGAGGAGGAGGGAAGAAGUGCACAGGUAAGUGGGUUCUCUUGUGUUUUCUUAUGUGAGAGCACUGACGAGUGCUCCAUAGUUAGUUGCUUACGACGAGUGUUCUCUGGGGGUGUUUGUUGUGUUCUCGUUGCGCGACUAUCACUGUUGUUGUCUACUCGUUGGUUUUCUUGCAGACAGCACGGCGCCCUCGUGCAGAAGAUGAAUAGCUCGGGUUACAAGGAGAAGGCCAGGCAGCAGAUUCGGGACGACGACGUCUCCAGACUCAGCAAGCUCCUCCAAGAACUCGAGAUCAUAGACGAAGCGGAAUCAAAAUUAGCUCCUCCUUCCAGAUCAAGGGAGAGAUGA